CGAGUCCUGGACGUGCGUGCCCAGACUGGGAAACGGGUAGCCUUCUUUGAAUGCCUGGACGGAGAGGAUGGAAACAGUUACUGCGCCGUUAUUUUCCUGAUAUCGAUUAAUAAAAGGGGGAAAACAUUAAGAGGUGAACGCCCGCUGCAUGUUCCUGCGCCUCACCCUGCUCCUCCUCCUCCUCCUCCUCCUCCUCGCGCACUCCCCGCUCAGACGUCUCCCACCGCAGCCUGGCGAGAGGGAUGAAUGAGGGUCGAUCAGUCGCAGCCACCCUUCUAAGGCGCUACCGGGUCGCCAUGACGGAGGGGGAGAGCCCUCCCCCCUCCAAUGCCGCCCCGACCAUUCAGCUGUCGUCGGGAGAUAGCCCAGAUGCCCAGCGGGACGCGGACGGCCACUUCGCUCUGGCGGCUCUGGACCAUCUGUUUGAGAGCGAGGAGGGGAGCUCGCCACCCUCCCAGGAUCCGUCGUCCGGCAGACCCGCGGCCGGCCAGCAGGCAGCAGCCGGAGACGGCAAGCAGAACCUGCGGUACAAGUUCCAGGGCGCCUUCAAGAAGGGCAUCUCCAACCCCAUGGACCUCCUGGAGUCCACCAUCUACGAGUCCCCCGUGGCACCGGGGUCCAAGAAGGCGCCCAUGGACUCGCUCUUCGACUACGGGACGUGCCGGGAGACAAACAACCAGAAGCGCAGAAGGAAAAAACUUCCACGGGGGAAGGCUGAGGAAGUUUGCGACGAUGACCCCACAACCGAUCCCCCGAAAGUGGUCAAGAUCUUCAACCGGUCACUUCUGUUCGAUGCAGUGUCGCGAGCCGAACCCGAGGCUCUCGACGGCCUCCUGGAGUACCUGCAGAGCCGUGACAAGCGGCUAACCGACGAAGAGUUCAGAGAACCUUCCACAGGAAAGACAUGCCUUCCCAAAGCCCUGUUGAAUCUAUACAGUGGCCAAAAUGACACCAUUCCUCUGCUGGUGGAUAUAGCAGAGCAGACGGGGAAUCUGCGCGAGUUCAUUAACACGCCGUUCAGAGAUGUUUACUAUCGAGGCCAGACAGCGUUGCACAUAGCCAUCGAGAGGCGCUGUAAGAAGUACGUGGAGCUGCUGGUGGAGAAGGGUGCUGAUCUGCACGCUCAGGCCCGGGGACGUUUCUUCCAGCCCAAAAACGAGGGGGGAUACUUCUACUUUGGUGAGCUCCCCUUGUCUUUAGCCGCCUGCACCAACCAGCCGGACAUGGUGCACUACCUGACGGAGAACUCGCACAAGAAGGCCGACCUGAGGCGGCAGGACUCCCGGGGCAACACCGUCCUCCACGGCCUGGUGCACAUCGCCGACAACACGCGCGACAACACGCGCUUCGUCACCAAGAUGUACGACCUGCUGCUCAUCAAGAGCGCCAAGCUCUACCCCGACGGCAACCUGGAGAUGAUCCUCAACAACGACGGCAUGUCCCCGCUCAUGAUGGCCGCCAAGCUGGGCAAGAUCGGGGUGUUCCAGCACAUCAUCCGCAGGGAGAUCAAGGACGAGGAGGCUCGCCACCUGUCCCGCAAGUUCAAGGACUGGGCCUACGGGCCGGUGUACUCCUCCCUCUACGACCUCUCCUCUCUGGACACGUGCGGCGAGGAGGUCUCUGUGCUCGAGAUCCUGGUCUACAACAGCCGCAUAGAGCAGAAUCGUCACGAGAUGCUGGCCGUGGAACCCAUCAACGAGCUGCUCCGGGCCAAGUGGCAGAAGUUUGGUGCCGUUACCUUCUACAUCAGCGUCAUCUCCUACCUGUUCACCAUGAUCGUCUUCACCCUGGUGGCCUACUACCGGCCCACAGAGGGACCGCCUCCAUACUCUUAUGUCACCAGUGCGGACCACCUGCGCCUGGCAGGGGAGCUCAUUACAGUUGGCUCCGGAGUCUUCUUCUUCCUCAGCAAUAUUAAGGACCUCUUCCUGAAGAAGUGCCCGGGGGUCAACUCGUUAUUUAUUGAUGGAUCCUUUCAGCUACUCUACUUCAUCUACUCUGUGCUGGUGCUGGUGGCUGCCGCGCUCUAUCUGUCCGGCAUCGAGUCGUACGUGUCGGUGAUGGUGUUCGCUCUGGUGCUGGGCUGGACCAACAUGCUCUACUUCACCCGCGGCCUCAAGCUCACCGGCACCUACAGCAUCAUGAUCCAGAAGAUCCUCUUCAAAGACCUGUUCCGAUUCCUGCUGGUGUAUGUGCUCUUUAUGAUCGGAUACGCCUCAGCCCUGGUCUCCCUGCUGACCAUGUGUCCCCCUCCUGGGACUGUCUGCCCCGAGCCGGAGGGCUGCCCCACGUACCCCAAGUGCCGCGACACGGACACCUUCAGCAACUUCCUGCUUGACCUGUUCAAGCUGACCAUCGGCAUCGGCGAGCUGGAGAUGAUCCAGAGCGCCAAGUACCCCGUGGUCUUCCUCAUCCUGCUGGUCACCUACAUCAUCCUCACCUUCGUGCUCCUGCUCAACAUGUUGAUCGCCCUCAUGGGGGAGACCGUGGGACAGGUGUCCAAGGAGAGCAAGAAGAUCUGGAAGCUGCAGUGGGCCACAACCAUCCUGGAUAUCGAGCGAUCCUUCCCUGUGUGCCUGCGCAAGUCUUUCCGGGUGGGGGAGAUGGUGACAGUCGGCAAGAACUGGGAUGGAACCCCAGACAAGCGCUUGUGUUUCAGGGUGGAUGAGGUGAGGUGGUCACACUGGAAUCAGAACUUGGGGAUCAUUAAUGAGGACCCUGGGCAGAAGGAGCUCAACCAGGACUAUGGGAUUCCACAGACUGGUCGAGGCCUUCGAAGAGAUCGCUGGUCCACUGUGGUGCCCAGGGUUGUGGAGCUGAAUAAGACUCCUCGGUCCCGGGACCUGGUGCUGGAGAUGGAGCCGCUCACCCCGCGGCAUCGCCUGGAGAGCUAGAACCCGUUCCGAGGCCUGACCGCGGCCUCUGGACAGCCCUGGACCUCUGCCGCCGCUGGCCACAUUAACAUCCCACUCCUGGCUAGUGUGGUCAGUUGCACCUACGAGCAGUUAAGGGUUUGUCACCUCAUCAGUGCUGUGUGUUGAAGCUGUUCAGAAAGAGCUUGAAUGGAAUAGUUGAUGCAAUGUUCACUGUGUUAGGAUAGCUAUAGACGCACAGAUUAGACACAACACUUUCACUUCCCCACCCCAUCUACUAGAGGAGCUGUUAGCUUACCUCCGGGCCACCCCAUUGGCUCAGGUGAGCAAAGGCUGGGAGAUCACAGGUUUGAAUGGACUGUUUGUCGGCUCUUGGGAGGAUUCAGCUUCGAAUCAUCGUUGCUUGGGCUAAUCGGCCGCAGGGCCUGGAGCUGGGGUUGGCUCGGAGUCCUGAGGUAAGCUGGCGUUCCCUCUGGGUGUUUACAUGCAACAAUUAGCCUCGUACACUCACACUACUGCGGCUACACUACACACCAGACCCAUUAGGGACCCAUGGCAGGCAGUAUUUCCAUUGUACCCCAUAGACUGUAUUGUGUUAUUGUGUUUGGUUACUGCUGCUGGUGGGCUUCCUAAUAACUGCUACAAAAAGGAGUCCUUAUAUUGGUGCUUUAAGACACUAGGCCUGUAUUGAGUGGAAAUGUAAUAUAUUUUCGACCUAUUUCCUGACACACAAUAUGUGCUCAUCUUCCUGAAUGCUGCUUUUGUAAAUGAUAUGCCAUCAUAAAUGACAGCUGUCGAGUUGAAUGACUGAAAUGAUAUGGAACGGAAAAAGAGUGGACUGCACUGGGCAAUAUGGGGUUUCUGAAAAGCAUGCACCCCCUCACCUUUCAUUUACCGGCUCUGCUGUCAGUAGUCCUAAUUCAAACGCAACAGAACUGAAAGAGCCCUUCAGAAGGGAAAAAUCCACAGACACAUUCGCAAUGACUGCCAAUAGCAUUUGCUUUGAAAACCGACUGCCUUUGAAGUUAUUUCUCUGAACAUCGUGUGCAGGUAUUCUUGGCUCCGGAGAGCGUAUUCACCUUUUUAUAACAUUAUUUGUAGCAUCAUCAUAUGACUCAGUCAUGGUUUUGAAGAAACGGAAAAAAACAGAAACCAACUGCCAACAGGUCCCUGUGUUGUGUGUUGUGCUAUGAUGGUGCAUAGUGGCUGGGAACCAAAUAGGGGUUACAACAGCAGCAGCAGCAGCAGCAGAAGUAGACACGGUAUUUACCACAUCCUGCAACGAUAGCACACCGUCUCUCAGCCUCGAGACGUUUCGAGGGACGCUCGCAGCGCCCGGGAGUUAAAGGUGCCAAAAACCUGUCGAAGUCUUUGCACGAAACGUUGCCUUCGACCUACCCACAGAAAGUCAGCACGAGUCAUUUUGAAGCUCAGAGCACCGCUGUGGUCUCAGGUCUAUAACAGAUAGUUGCUCUUGGCGCGGCUGCGAUGCGGCUCCCGUAGUGCCCCCCAUGUGAACUCAGGGAUUUCUUUAAGACAUCAGACCUAAAGUGUGCCUUUAAAUCCAGAUCAACUGCCAUGAGAAUGUGCUCGAUCUCUAUGUAGGACUUAUUUCUCUCAAUCUCACUGCCAAAUGGGCAUUUCUGAAAGCUCCUGGCAAUAGUGCAUGUUUGAUCAAAUCCCUCCAUAUGAAGCCAUAAAAUAAAUGUAUGAAAGCUAAUGUAGAUUUAGGCCUUUUGUAGAGUUUAUUAAAUAUAUGUGAAAUAUUGCAGUAGCCUACGUUGUUUUGGAUAUGUCCUCAGUUGAACACCAUUGUGUAUAGCUUGGAACAGUACAGCCUUCUGAUGGGUUCUCAUAAAACUCACUCAGCCACUUCACACUCUUAAAAUGAUUGUGUUGAAAACAACACAACUUGCGUUGUUUUUAAACAUAUCUCUGUGUCCAGAUAGGGACAACACAACUUGUGUUGUUUCCAAAACAUUUGUUUUAAGAGUGUACUCAAUCUGUUUGAACUCUGUGACACGGGUUGACCUCUCUCUGGCCCAUGAUACCACUGGGUUCUCAGUGGUCAUUGCUCGUUGAGAUUUCAAAACAGAAGGUGUACUGCUAUUUUAAAUAUUCACUUUUCAGUUUUGCCUCGUUGUAAGAGAAUGUAGUUUGGUGGUCUCACAAAUACUGAGAUGGUUUUAAACAAAGCUGUAUAAAAGUAAUAUAUUCUUUUUAUCCAUGUUCAGUGUUAAAGUGGAGACUUGACGCUGAUUAUUUUACAAAUGCUACUGUAGCAUACCAGGAAAAUGCCUUUCUGUAAAGAUCUAUUGAAGAGGUUGUAUGUGCUAAUAGAGUCCACUUGGUAUCCAAAUGCAACAAUGUGUUUUAUGCUCUCAUCCCUUAUUAUGGACUGGAUGGACUGGAUGAAUUUUUAUAAGUCUGUUUUGUAAUUUUAUUUUGUAUUUUCUUAAUAAAUGUCAAACAACA